AUCACCCUGGGCCCACUUCCUGAAGAGCUGGGAGGCACUUCUGGGACUGAGUUUCAGGCUGCCAGUCUCAGGGAUGCUCAGACCUCUACUUCUAGUGAAUCGGACAGAAGAAAGUGGUAGAUACACUAACAGAAAGCCAGAUUUUUAAAGAAAAUGAUCACUUCAACUUUUAUCUCCUGGGAACUGCUCACCGACUCUUCCUUUCACCAUAAAUUCUGUAUUUGAUCUGUUUUGAUUUCUUUUGUCUGUAUUUGAUUUGUUUUGGUGUUGUUAACAGCCCCUCCCCCCACAUAACAAAUUGAUCUCCCAUUUCCUUGUUCUUUUUUUUAUUUUAAAGAGAAAAAAAGAAUUUCAAUGCAAGAUAAUAGAGCAACAAUCACAAACACGUUGAAUAUGGUUAUCUUCAAAGCAGUACUCAGAGUGCAAGAUAUAGGCAGACAAUACUAUCCAAACAAUAUUAGAACAAACCUUUCUUUUCAAUGAACUAAGAGAAACAAGCAGUAUAUCUUAACUAUCUUAUAUAUAAAUAUAUAUUUCUUUUUCAUUUCCUUCCUUGCUCUUUUCUCUCAUCACAGUUUUUCUUUCCUUUUGAAGUUUCUUCCCAAUUCACCAUAUCUGUUGUACAUUUUGGAUCUUAUUACUCUUUCAUCUUCUCACACUAGUGAGACAAUAUGAUGUUUGCACACGUGGGUCUGAUUUAUUUCACUUGUCAGCGUGGUCUCCAGUUGUAAAAAUUUACCUUACUGUCCAAUAUUAUGUCCUUUUAUCUUCCAGAGUUCUUACUCCUACUGUCACAUCUUAGAGUUUAUCACUUUUUUUUCAGCAACUGACUCCACUUCAUUGUAUCUGUAGUUCUCUUUCUGUAGCACUCCGUCUCUAACAUGUCUUCAGCUCCCCAGUAUUAUCGUUCUGUGAUCAAAAUGUUAUACUUCAUGUACUUACUGCUUACAGUACUCAGCUUAGAUUCUAUAAAUCAUCGCAACCUCCUUUUUUUCCUCUUCCCCACUGCACUGUCCUGAUCAACACAUUUUUCUACACGUCUUCACCUGUGCUUGAGCUGCAGGAUGAGAUUUUAAACAAAAGCUCUUCCCUGUGAACCUGCCGCGCCACUUCCACGUCCUGUACUGAAAGCCAGCCCUUCCCAGCCCUUAGAGGGGAACCCGAUGAUCCUGACCUGUGUGAUGCAGCUCCCUCCACAGAAACCAGAUGUCCAGAACCAAUUCUGCUUCUUCAGAGAUAACCAGAUGCUGGGGUUGGACUGCAGGACCUCCCCAGAGCUCCAGAUCCCAGUUGUGUGGAGCAAAGAUUCGGGGUCCUACUGGUGCCAGGCAAAGAUAAUGACCCCCAGCAUCACAAAAACCAGCCUGAGGUUUCAGAUACAUGUGCAGAGUAUCCCUGUCUCUGAUGUGAGCUUGGAGACCCAGCCCCCAGGAAGGUGGGUGAUGGAGGGAGAAAAGCUGGUCCUAAUCUGUUCGGUUGCUAAUGGCACUGGAGACAUCACCUUCUUCUGGUACAGAGGUGCUCUAGGUUUAAACCUGGGAACAAAGACCCAGCGUUCACUGAGAGCAGAAUUUGAGAUCCCUUCAGUGCGGCAGACGGAUGCUGAACAGUACUACUGUGUGGCGGACAAUGGCCAUGGCCCCAACCUCAGUGGGUUGAUAAACAUCACUGUCAAAAGUCCAGUGUCCCACCCUGUCCUUACUCUUAGGGCCCCCAGGGCCCACACUAUGGUUGGGGACACAGUGGAGCUUCACUGUGAGGCCCUGAGAGGCUCUGCCCCCAUCCUGUACCAGCUUUAUCAUGAGGAUGUCAUCUUGAGGAACAGCUCAGCCCCCUCUGGAAGAGGAGUGUCUUUCAACCUCAACCUGACUACAGAACAUUCUGGAAACUACUUCUGUGAGGCAGACAAUGGCCUGGGGGCCCAACGCAGUAAGGCUGUAGCACUCAAUGUCACAGUGCCUGACUGGAACGGAAGUGAUCAUCUCACUUCAGGUGUCAUGGAAGGGCUGUUUGCCAGCUUUGGUGCCAUCAUUUUUCUGGCCCUGCUGUUUGGCUACUGGCUCAAGAGAAGAACAGGAAGACGCUCAGCUGAGGAUCCACUCAGGAAAAAUGCCAGCCCUAUAACCCAACAGUCUGACUAUCUCAACUCACCUGAUUCAAUGCAGCUACAACCUUUUUAUGAAAAUGCAAAUAUUGUAGGUGGGGAUAAGGUUUAUUCACUGGUGUACCACAACCAGCAGGAGCUAGAACCAGUAAUAGUUCAACACACGGGGACACACAUGGAGAAUAAGGUCUUCCCAGACAUCUAUUCCAGGCUGAGAAAGGCAGAUGUCACAGAUGUGGACUAUGAAGAUGCUAUGUAAAAUUACAGAAGAUUCUACAUUUUGGAAACCAUCCGUGACUUUGAGCCUUAGACUCAACACAAUCUUCAGAGAUCCUAGGAGUCUGCUUUUCAGUACCUCUCACACAGAUGCCUUUUUUUUUUUUUUUUUUUCAUGAGAUGAUGCCUUCAUCUUCUGUGAACUGGCACAAAAUCCAAAGAGACCACCUUGGAGAAUCAACUUAGAUCGAUUUAGACUAAAGAAUGGGAAGGACUUUGCCAUCAGAAUCUGAUUUCUGCUAGUUCUUUUGGGAACAGGUUGAAUAUAUGCACUUACAGUAGGAUAAAAUAAACUGAAGUCUUGGAGUGGAGGGGCAGUGAAGCUCAGAGUGCACAAACGCAAGAGUAUAGUGGUUUUGCAGUGUUACUCUGAAGAGAGACCUAUGUGCAUCACAUGUGGAAGUGUUUGCUGUGCACACAGGACAGAACCCCUGCCCUGUCCCUGCCUGAAUCAUACUAUUUUCCCCUAAGAAAUUUGACUUAGUCUAUUUUGUAUUAAAACACAGUUAUAAAGAAGAGUCACGGUGGUUACACUGGUUUAAUGCCCAAUUUUGUCUGCACAAGACAAACACAUCCAUAUUUAUAAAAAUUUUUAUGAGUUUCACCACAUCCUAAAUUCUGUAUAUAGUGUGGCCUCUUGAAGCUUUAUGAAUAUAAUAGUUCUUCUUUUUUUCUAGGACUUUUUGAAAAUGUGGUAAUAUGACAAAGUCUGUAUUCUAAUUUUAAAUUGACUACAAGCUCAGUCUUUUUAAUUGAAACAAUUUAAUAAUAUAUGAAGCAAAAAGUUUAAAUUUUUCUAUAAGCUAAGACAAGUGGUAAUCAUUGUUGCAACUUAGCAUGUCUCACAUUGGAAGUUUUGCAUUUUGGUACAGUUAUACAUACAUGCAAAUACAUAUGUAUUUUAAAACAUACUUAUUUAAUAAAGUAAAAUAUUUUAAAAUCUA